AUGGAUUCAGUACCAUCGACAAAGCUGAAGAACUUCUCUGCGUUAUCACUAUCACAAUCGUCUGCUAAACGCCAGAGUGCAUUCAAAGUGAGCACACCACCACAUGACGAUAAUUUACAACUCAGUUUCUCUUCGAAAACGAAAACCAGCCAAAAAUCAUUGCGUACCAUUCGUAAUUUGCAGGAUCCAAAAACCGGAAAGCAGCUGACAAGUUGGAAUUGUGCGAGCGUUCAGUGUGAAUUGCAACAAAUGGAUCGUUUCGUUGCCGUGCCGUCAUGCUCUGCGAUUGUCGACUCGUUGCGAAACUCGCUGAUGCCGACCAUGCUUCAGAAUUGUUGGCCUCAGAUAGCUCAGGCACCCAUUUCACCCGUCCCGGAUGCAACACAUUCCAUUACAACCGAUGCAACUGUGUCAAUUGCAGUGCCCGCAAACCUCAAUCAACAGCAUCAAAAUUUAUGCCAUACACCAAGACGACCAAGGUCACAAGCCUCGGAAUCGACAAGCGGGUGUGACGCAUCAGCGAAUGGUGAUCGUUUGAGUGUUGUUGAUAUGCUGAAAGAUGUGGAUGAAUCAUCAUCUCAUGAAAAAUUCCGUGAUGACACUAAAGAAUCAAGUUCAUUAGUCGAUGAAUCUCCUCCGUCUACCACCAAGAAAUUUGAAGCAACAAUUCUGAAACCAGAAAUAGCAGAACCUAAGAUUAAGAGGAAUGUUUUGCAGAGUGGGAAAAAUACAGGCAAACGACGGGUACAGUGUAUGAAAUGUUUGAAGACGUUUUGUGAUAAAGGCGCACUGAAGAUCCACAAUAGCGCUGUGCAUCUGAAGGAGAUGCAUAAGUGUACGGUGGAUGGCUGUGAAAUGAUGUUUUCGUCACGUAGGAGCAGGAAUCGACAUUCUGCGAAUCCCAAUCCAAAACUGCACACAUCCACACCACAAAGGCAGUUUGAUGGUGGCUUCCAUGGGGACGGAACACACGAGAACAGUUUCACCACCGCUAAAUCAGAUUCCGUCUCAUACGGCUCUUCAUCCGCCCAUUGUUCGCCCGAUGUUUCAACGGCAACCAUUUCGAACUCAACUCGUGCAUCGCAGUCACCAACGUGUAGUGAACAAUCAUCCAUGAAUAUUUCCACUGCAACUACACGACCGACCUCCAAUAAUAAGCAUGUUGCUAAUAAAUCAGAAUCAUCCUCUAAUCAUAUGGUCAACAACAGCAGUACAUCUGCUGGUGGGGGUGGCACUAGAAAGCGUAAAAGUGAACGACCUGUUAAAUUGGCCGUUGAAAAUGACAUUAAGGUAUUAUUUGAAUCAUUGCCCCGUAAUUCUGAGCAGUCACAUCUUUUCGCGAAACCAUCAACUGAAGCCAUAACACCAACAACAACAGCAUCAACGAAGACGUCUCAGCGUCAGAAUUCGGAAGCACCAAGUCCUCUGGAUCUGACCAACACAAAGAUGGACUUGAAGCAGUCAACAGCCGCUGCUUUUGCUCUUGACCCAACUAGUGAAAAGGUGUUUAUCAGUUUCAGUUCGUUGCCGCUCGGUAUCUUCGCACCAUCGGUUCGCUCGUCCAGUGUGAACGCGUUGAAUCCAGCGAUCGCCGAGAUGGUUCGUUUACUGCAGCAUGCACAGCAAAUGUCGCUCGGCGCUACAAAUAACGUUCAACAUGCACAAGCACUACCAGCCAACUUCAAUUUAUUCCAGUUGAUACACGAACAAAAUGGCAAUUCUGGUAAUUAG